UAAGACUCUGACCUCAAAAGCAGAAUGUCCCGCCGUCUACCUGCUUGCGAUCCGUGCCGGUCUUCAAAGCUGUCGUGCGAUCACACCAAGCCAGUCUGUCAACGAUGUGCACACAGACGAAUCGCAGACCAAUGUUCGUACCGAGACCGCCCAUUCAAGAAAAGAGCACUCCGAACCCUUUCACAACGCACUUUCGAUACACCACAGAGCGCUGGGCCACCAAAUCCUCACGUCUUUGCGCCGUCUACACCGUCUACAGGUACUCCGAGGCAGCCUCGACGAUAUCCAAACCCGGGCUAUCUUGGCACAUCAAGUCAUACAACCUUCUUUGACCAUUUCUCCGAGAACGACUGGAAUCAUUCGAGAUCUGCCUCUCGAGACGAAGUCGAUCAUGGCUUGAAUGCCGUCAGCGCCGCUGUUAGUAUUGAUCGGCUUGAGCAAGGCGCAAAAUUGAUCGUGCAGGUCCUCGACGCUGCAAAUCUGGAGGCUUGGAGGUCUCUGGUCGAGGCUUGGGUCGCGAGUGGCAUCAACCUACCUGUCGCUGAGCCCUUUACAGUAUCUUGCGCGAGAGCAGCAUGCUCAUCCAUUGCUCUGAGAGACAACAACACAUUGAAAAGUCUUGAAGGCCUUGCAGCUACAACGAGAGCAUCAAGAGCGCUCUUCACUGAGUCCUGCAGGCCUCUUAGGGUAGCUGCCACUGACACCAUUGAAACCUUCUGUCAGCUCUUCUGCAGAAAGGUAGCUCGCUGGGAGACGCUUGGCCUCUUUUUCACGAGCGUUUCGCGUGCAACCAUCGAUAUUACCCAAUUUGAAGGGAUAUACACAUCAGAACAAGAGCGCCGAGCUGUGCGUAAACUUGCUAUGCAGUUUGCGGAUACCUGCCUCGAUAUUUCCAUCUCGUUAGAUUGCCUAAACGAUCUGCAAUUGAUCCUGCAGUACGAGAACUUCAUUUUACAUUCGCUUGUAGAUGGCGACCAGAGUUAUCAUUCCUGGCGCAGGCUAGGAGACGUCGUGAGCUCGCUGUUCGCACUGGGCUAUCACGAACAGCUUGGAGAUCCUUCGACCACGGCGCCCUUUCUACGAGAGCUACGCUUCGUUGCGUUCAGCCGCACAUACUCUGCCGACAAGAACUGCUCCAUCUUCCUCGGACGCCCACCACGAAUGCUGAAAAGCUAUUGCCCGACAGCGAAUCUGCCUGACACCUGGGCACUUGACGAGGUCUUUACCUAUCGUGCCGAUACUCGUGUGCACCAUCUCUGUGCGUCAUUAAAAGAGGAUGUUCUCAACUUACACAAAGAACCGCAUGAAGUCAGGCUUCAAAGAGCCAAUCACAUACGGAACGCCGUAGCGACACAGUGGUCCGAGAUACCUGCAAAACUUCGUCUUGACAAACCUCUGUGUGAAUACGAUAGGCCUCAUGUGGAGAUUGACUUCCUCGCGAGUGCAAAGCUAAACUUUGCCCAUGUCAGGUUUCUGCUAGAGCUCACUAUUACCCCUCGCGUCUCGAGCCCCAGCAGUGAGCUGCUACGUACAUCGGCGGACAUGCUCAGCCUGGUGGUGGAGGCGAUCGUGCUCAAGGAACGUUUGGCGAACUCGGGUACUUCACUGGUCUGGAAGGUGGCCUACUACGGUCUCGCUGCCGCAGGCGUUCUCUGUCUGGCGUUGCUCUACAACACAUUAGACCGCGCUGCACUACACACAACGCCUUCCAAAGUCAUCCGCGAUCUGAGCGUACUAGUCGCCGAGAUCGAGAUGGGAGCCUUGCUCCACCCAGAAGACCCGAACUAUGCGCUGCUGUCUGGUGCCGCGUACGCUAUCAAGAAUCUUCUGGAUCGCACGAUAGCCAACAGGUUUGCCAAUCAUGUUGAUGCACAGGUUCUGCCAGAGGCGACAGCUUUGUCUCCGGGAAGAUGUAGCGACGUCGAAUUGAACGAUUGGAGUACACAUGGGUUGGACUUUGAUCCGGCGUUCUGGCUUAAUUUGUCCGAGCACCCGCUGCUUCUGACGCCUGAAGGCGAAGCUGGUUGAUAUGCAUAGCGUAGUACUGCGUAAUUAUGUGUUAUUUAUGGGGGCUUUUACAAGUGGCGUGCUACGAUCGCAUGGCAGAAGAAAUGCCACAGUGAC